CAAAUUCUAGAAGUGCUAGCUCCGUUCCGUCGCCGACCUUCUACACAUCGAAUUUUCUAGAACACGAGGUUCAGCGUGUUUAAGCAGCGAACAGGCGUUCUAGACUGUAUUUGCUUUUGUGCUGCGUCAGUUCCCGACGUUAACGAGGAGUUUUUGUGAAUCGUCCCUGACGUUCCAGAAAUAUUGAUUAUUUCUGAGAACCCCGAAAAUGGUGAAAGAAACGAAAUUUUACGACAUCCUGGGUGUCAAACCUGGCUGCACACAGGACGAUUUGAAAAAGGCCUACAGGAAGUUAGCUCUGAAAUACCACCCCGACAAAAACCCAAAUGAAGGAGAGAAGUUCAAGCAGAUAUCUCAAGCAUACGAGACCUUAUCAGAUCCAGAAAAGAAACGCAUUUAUGACCAAGGUGGCGAACAGGCCCUCAAAGAAGGCGGUGUUGGGGGCGGCUUCUCCAGCCCCAUGGAUCUCUUUGAGAUGUUCUUCAGUGGAUCUGGAUUUGGAGGUGGACGAGGACGACGUCGCGAACGCAAAGGCAAAGAUGUUAUUCAUCAACUUAAUGUUUCGCUUGAGGAAUUGUAUAAGGGUACUGUCCGAAAAUUAGCUCUCCAGAAGAACGUCAUCUGUGAUAAAUGCGAGGGCCGAGGCGGCAAGAAAGGGGCUGUCGAAACAUGUCCCACGUGUAGAGGAUCAGGGAUGCAGGUGCAGAUUCAGCAGCUUGGACCUGGUAUGAUUCAGCAGAUCCAAAGUAUGUGUUCUGAAUGUCGUGGCCAAGGCCAACGUAUCAACCCCAAGGACCGCUGCAAGCAGUGUCAAGGUAAAAAAGUGAGUCGAGAGCGGAAGAUCCUUGAAGUUCACGUAGACAAGGGUAUGAUUGAUGGACAAAAAAUCAUCUUUAACGGAGAAGGAGACCAAGAACCAGAAUUGGAACCUGGUGAUAUCAUCAUCGUUCUAGAAGAGAAGGAACACCCAGUGUUCAGACGAUCCGGAUUAGAUCUCAUCAUUCGCGUUGAAUUACAACUAGUUGAAUCACUCUGUGGAUUCCAGAAAAUUAUCAGGACUCUUGAUGAUCGUGAUUUGGUCAUCACGUCUCUUCCUGGUGAAGUUACAAAACACGGUGAUGUUAAGUGUAUUAUGAAUGAAGGCAUGCCACAGUAUAAGAAUCCAUUCGAAAAGGGACGGCUUAUUGUCCAAUUUUUGGUACAGUUUCCUGAUAAACUAGCUCCAGAAGUGAUACCAGCUUUGGAGAACGCCCUACCACCUAGGCCAGAAAUUAUGAUUCCAGAUCAAGCAGAAGAAUGUGUUCUGUUACCUUUUGAUAUUGAUAAACAAGAUCAGCGUAGGAGACAAAAUCGCAAUGCUUAUGACGAAGAUGAUGAGAUGCAUGGGCCAGGACAACGUGUCCAGUGUGCCGCUAAUUAAUUUUUCAUGUAUGAGUAUUAUGAAUGAACUAUGCUAACAGUGCGAUAGACGUCAUUUGCUAGAGUAGACGUAAUUGUUUAAUUAGGCAAUUUUAUUGUGUAAUUAUUGUAAUUUAAAUAUAAUAUAGGGGCAGUAAUUGUUUCCUCUUUUGCUGGAUGUAAGUGGCUGUUUUUCUUUUUCCAUUGGUGUAAAAUAUCUUAUUCGUUUUUUCCGUCAAUAUUACUUUUGAUUCUAUUUAUUUUUUUAAAUGAUUUGUUAAAUCAGUCUUCAAAUAAACGUUUGAUUAUGUUA